CGGAGCGAGCACUGGUGAGGAUCUGUCAUCGAGGCAGGUGGAGUCUCCCAUCCACUCCCCGGUGAAGGAACAGGAAGAGGGGACACACCUUCCCUCCGUGUAAUUUAACUUUAGCGUGUGUGACAGGAUCGAGCCGACCAUGACUUCGGUUUGGAAACGGCUCCAGCGGGUAGGAAAGAAGGCGUCUAAAUUCCAGUUUGCGGCUUCGUUUCAAGAGCUGAUCCUAGAAUGUACAAAUAAAUGGCAACCGUACAAACUGAGAGUGGUGUGGAUCAGAAGGAGCAGACGUCACAGCACAAAGCUGCACAGCUGGCAGCCAGGAAUUCAGAACCCCUACAGAGGCUUGGUGGUUUGGCAGGUUCCAGAGAGUUUGGAUAUCACGGUCACACUCUUCAAGGAACCAACUGCAGAGGAGUUUGAAGACAAAGAAUGGACUUUUGUUAUUGAGAAUGAGACAAAAGGAUGUAAAAAAGUGCUGGCAUCAGCUGAUGUCAAUAUGAAGAAGUAUGCAAGUGCCACACCAGCUCAGUAUGAUUUAACACUGACGCUCAAACCGCUCUCUGUGAAAGUGGUGGAAGCCACACUGAAACUCAACCUGUCUUGCAUCUUUCUCAGGGAAGGCAAGGCCACAGAUGAGGACAUGCAGAGUUUGGCCAGUCUUAUGAGCAUAAAACAGAAUGAUAUUGGUAAUCUGGAUGACUUUAAUGACAGCGACGAUGAAGUCAGCGAAGAGAGAAGGUCAAACUUUGGAACAGGACAAAUUACUUAUGUUACAGCCUCUGCUUCCUCCACUGAAAGAGUUCAUGAUCUGGCCUGGAGGCCUGUAGUUGAAUUAGGCCCCACAGCUCCUCAAAGGCCCCAAAGCUUCCAUUUUGGCUCCUCUUCAACUGAAGGCUGGAAGGCCCAAGCCUGUCCUAGUGCACGUAGAGAGCAGAGUGGUCCUUCUUUUUCCUCUGUUUCCUCCACAUCAUCCUCAGUUCUGCUCAGCUCUUUCCCCAUACCUCCGCCACGUCCUGCUCUCAAAGCCUGCUCCACCUCUGAAAAGCUUGCCCCACCUCUGCUAGAGUCUGAUAUGGGGUCUGCCCAUAUCAAACCUACAAGUUUACCGUUUUCCCCAGAGUCAGCUUCCUGGCAGACUGAAUGGAGGCCUCCUAAAUGUCAGGUCCCUCUAGCACAGCUUGCCCACUCUCCUACGUCUCUGCAUCCCUUUGUCAGUGAUCCUGGACAAGCUGCACUUCUGCAGAAAAAGCAGAGACUAGAGAUGCCAUCUUCAUCUUCUCUGCCCACUGCUCAGCCUUUAGAUGAGAAACCCAGCGGAGGGUCUGGAUAUGUUUCUUUUUGGAAACCUCAGGUCACAUCUGCAUUAGAGACCGCCUCACCUUCUCUACAUCUUUCUUCUGCUCAUGUGUUUCCUUCUCUUUCAGUCUGUGAACAUGAUGCAGAGUUCAAAAGACAGCUGACCACUCUGAAUGAAGAGGAUAACCAGUGCACAGCACCCACAGCCUCUAACCCUGGAGGCCCAGCCAGCCAAAGGUCAGAGCAGGUCAGAGCUUCAGAGAGGAAAAGAGAUACAGCGUUUGGACUCGACGCUGCCAAAGCAUCAGCAGGGCAAAGGGAAACAAGAGAAGAAUUAUCAGGUCAGCCUGUAGCGAUGCCUCGUAAUAAGAAGCGUUUGAGUUGUUCUUCCUUAGAUGACAGCAAGUCACAAGUUGUUGCCCUUAAGCAGGACAGGAAACCAACAACAUCUCCAUCUCAGGAGAAUCCACCGGGAAGUCCUACCUUAGUUACGUCAAGUCAGUCCUUACUGGAAUGGUGUCAGGAGAUCACAAAGAAUCACAAGGGAGUGAAGAUUACCAAUUUCAGCACUUCCUGGAGGAACGGCCUCGCGUUUUGUGCCAUCUUACACCACUUCCACCCAGAAAAGAUUAAUUUUGAAAUGUUGGAUCCAUAUGACAUCAAGCAAAACAACAAAAAGGCUUUUAAUGGCUUUGCUGAACUUGGAAUUUCAAGGUUGAUGGAGCCUUCAGACAUGGUCAUGCUUGCAGUGCCUGACCGCCUCAUUGUCAUGACCUACCUUAACCAGAUCCGCACAUACUUCACUGGCCAGGAGCUCAGUGUGCUUCACAUAGACAAAGACACCAGUGAGUCCAGUUAUGCUGUAGCAGGGAACCGGGAGGCCCAAGACGACCCCGAGGCAACUGUUCGCUACUGUGCCCAGAGACUCCAGGAGGAAGGUAUAAGUCUUGAGACUAAUGGGAGUGUAAGCACUGCAGAGAAGGACAGUAAAGCCAGCAGGGACGUGGUGCCGCCUCCCAGAACCAAACGCUCGCAGGCUGCUGGGGUGAGUGCAGCUCAGUCUCCAGUGGCACCACCACGGACUCAUUUUAUGUUCAAGUCUGGCUUCUCUCAUGUCAGAGAUGCUGACCUGGUUAAGAAGCGUAGGUCACAGCGCAGGAGCGGGUCAGUCGAAGAAGGAGACAUAUCAGUGGCUGAAGCCCAAAGGAAGUCAGAAACUGAGAGAAUGGAUGCUGCAUUUAAGGACAGAAGACCAGAGGGCCAGGACCCGAGCGAGUACGUGUUGAAUCAAAUGGAAGCCUUGGAAGCAGAACAAAAUCACAUUGAUAACAGAGCAGGUGUGGUGGAGAGGAAACUCAGACAGUUGCUGGAAACAGGCAGUGACAAGGAGGAGGAGGAGAGGUUGAUUCAGGAAUGGUUCACAUUGGUUAACAAGAAAAAUGCUUUAAUCCGGAGGCAGGACCAUCUACAGCUACUGCUUGAAGAACAAGACUUGGAACGAAGAUUUGAGCUGUUAAACAAGGAGCUGAGGGACAUGAUGGCAAUUGACGAGUGGCAGAAGACUCAGGCCCAUAAACACAGAGAGCAGCUGCUGCUUCAGGAACUGGUGUCACUGGUGAACCAGAGGGAUGAACUGGUCCACAGUAUAGAUGCCAAGGAAAGAGGAGCUGUGGAGGAGGAUGAGCGUCUGGAGCGUGGCCUGGAGCAGCGCAGGAGGAAGUAUGCUAAACAACAGAAAGAGAAGUGUGUGAUGCAGUGACCACCGCAAACUUCCAAAUGUUGGGCCAAGGCAGUUUUCUCUCCUCUGUCACCUGCUAUCAGAAUGAAUGAUGUGGUUUUAGGUCAGCAGUAAGUGCACAUUCACACUGAAUCUGAGAAGAUUCAGAAUUUACAUUAAAGUUUGGCUUGAGUGGAAGUUUUGGUCUGCUUUCCAUUUUUAAUGUCUCAACGUGUGCCACUAGGACCCUUUUGUUACCUGAUGUAUGCACUAGUUAAACCUCAUGAACUGGUUGUAAUGAUGCAAAGUGGGUUUGAGUGUGGAAAUGGUUGUAAAGCCUAGAAUAGCUUAGACUAUGGAUGAUCUAUAGAUCAUAGAAAGCUACAGCAGCACAAAGCCAACAGCCUUACAACAUUACAAAAAGCAUCCGUGUCUGUUCUCCUGUGUGGGUCCGUUUUGUUUAAAGUUAACGGUUUCAAGCUGAAUUUGGUGUAACAGGUGAUUUUGAACAGCUUUGAACAAAAAAACCACAAGAAAAGUCAAGGUGAGAAUUUCAAAAAUGUAGGUGCUACUGAUUGGACCUGAGUAGCAUUUACAGAAAUGUACCUGAAACAGUGUGUCGCCCUGUUGAAAUGUGAAUAAUGUCACUGUCCCUCUGCUCAGCGUGUCAAAUCAAAGUUUGUAUUUAAGUGUCUCAGAGGUUUUAUCUUGUGUGUGAACGUUUGCAGUUCUCUGUUCAUCAUUUGUGUGUACUACAGCUUACAUCUUGCCAAAAGCAGUGCCUUUUUUAAAGUUUUAUUAACACCUGUUACAUUUAAAAUAUAUGUAAAGACUGGAAAAUACUAAAAGCUUAAAUACAUACACAUUUUAUGCAAUUUUGAAUGUGUUUUAAACUGUGGGAUUAUAUUUGCCAUUCAUCCAUAGAAACUCAAAGUCAAUAAACCUU